AAAAGGUCAUAGGUUUGCUUCCGGUUAAGAGAAGAAGGAAGUUUAUACUCCCACAAAGUGUUUUGUAGCCAAUUGAAUUCAUUAAGCCAAUACCGAUGAACAUUACACAUAGUUUUAGUCGUAACCACAUUGGUGGUAAAACAUCGCCCGGUGGAGGGAAAGGUUCUGUUGUUCACACGUAGAUGUCGACCGGAUUCGACACUUCCUCGACGAGAGUCCAUUUUCUCUCUUGUGCCUUUGUAGCUGGCGCCUCUUCAUUCCAUCCUGCCCAGCAUCCUAAGGGCCACCACACAUUCCAUCAUCGUAGCACUCUCCUGUUCAUCAGCGGUGGUAGGUCAUCCCGGCUCUUCACAACUAGCCAAACCCAAUGGUAAAGCCAACAAAGAGGUCUUAAAGCCACUGGGUCUGGAGAAUCAGUGUGCUGCCUUCCAGUACUGGGUCAACCAAAAUUCAGUGGAAAGUCUUCACCACCGAGCCUCAAGGUGUGCCAUGCCCGGAUCAGCAUCACCAGCCAGCAGCAAGGCCCGGGUGUACACCGAUGUUAACACUGGGAAGAACAGAGAAUACUGGGAUUAUGACACGCAUGUGUCAAAGUGGAGCAAUCAAGACAACUACCAGUUGGUGCGCAAAUUGGGUCGCGGGAAGUACAGUGAAGUUUUUGAGGCCAUUAACGUGAGCAGCAGUGAAAAAGUAGUGGUGAAAAUCCUCAAGCCUGUCAAGUGGAAGAAGAUAAAACGGGAAAUAAAGAUUCUUGAAAAUCUACGUGGGGGGAAAAAUAUCAUCCGCCUGAUUGACACAGUGAAAGACCCUGUGUCCAGAACACCAGCACUUGUCUUUGAGUGCAUUAAUAAUACAAAUUUUAAGGAGCUUUACCAGAGGCUGACAGACCAUGAUAUUCGUUACUACAUGUAUGAGCUUCUCAAGGCCCUGGACUACUGUCACAGUAUGGGAAUCAUGCACAGAGAUGUCAAGCCUCACAAUGUCAUGAUCGACCACCAGCUGAGAAAGCUGCGUCUCAUAGAUUGGGGUUUGGCAGAAUUUUACCAUCCUGCUCAGGAGUACAACGUCAGGGUGGCCUCUCGCUAUUUCAAAGGCCCGGAGUUGCUUGUGGAUUACAAGAUGUAUGACUACAGUUUGGACAUGUGGAGUCUCGGGUGUAUGUUGGCAAGCAUGAUCUUUUUGAAGGAGCCUUUUUUUCAUGGCCAAGACAAUUAUGAUCAGUUGGUUCGCAUUGCUAAAGUUCUUGGUACUGAUGAACUUUUUGGCUACCUAAACAAGUAUCGAAUAGAACUGGACAGUCGCUUCCAAGACCUACUGGGACAGCAAACACGGAAGCGGUGGGAACAGUUCAUCCAGUCAGAGAAUCAACACCUGGUGAGCCCUGAGGCUCUGGACCUGCUGGACAAGCUCCUGCGUUAUGACCACCAGCAAAGACCAACAGCCUUGGAGGCCAUGAAGCACCCAUAUUUCUACCCUGUGGCAAAACAAUCCAAUACUAAUGCCAAUACAGUCAGCACAAAGGAAUUAAGCACCUCCAUUGUGUUAUGAUAAACAGCAGGCAGGAAGAUCUCAAAUCGCAGCGAUCUCUGUCUCCACACCAGCAGCCGUACGGAUGUCAUUUUUGCAGCACUCACUGAUCUAUAUUUACUGCUUGGAGUUGAAGACCCAACCGUAAAGAUCAAGUGUGAAGUAUUUUCAGAAAAUGCCAAAUGAAAUCUCUUCACAUCACAAAGUAAUCAUACAAAUAAUAUCUGAAAAAAUAAUUUCAUAUAUUCGACAAAGUAAUUGUUUUCCUGAAGUGAGGUCCUGGCGAGGGACAAACGCUGAAGUGUGACAUCAUUUGAAGAACAAUUUGGCAGAAGUCAACUUGGAAAAUGUAAAAAGCCAGUCAGAAAUCGAGUCAGAAAGCCAUAUUUGAAACUUUUUCAUUGCCUCAAAAUACUUUUGGUGUGUGUGUGUUCUCAUCAUACUUUUUAAACAUUGUGUUUAUUCUUGCGCAAGGACAUCCAGCCUGCUUAUAUUUUUGGCCUUUUUUUUUUCAGUUGUCAGGAUGACCUACCUGCUUGCGUAUAGUAAGCAUUUUCUUAAGGGGUCACUCAUCGAAGAUUACCAAGCAUAUCUAUUUUCGUUGAUAAGCGCGUUGCUAUGGGUCUAAUUAAGAACCUGUGUGGUUUGCGUUAAAAAAACCCAAAAAACUAACAAAAUAGUUUGAGCAGUUAGUACAGUAUUACUCCAAAAAAUGUUGGCCAAGUUCUCUUCACGCUUAAUCUUUAAUUGAACCUGUUCUUUGAGCAAAUGACUGUUUUCUAAGAUUAGAUCAGGUAUUGUGCUGCAAGCUUGUGCCUGUCAUCUGUUGUGACCAGAGAUCUAGUUCUGAUAUUAGCACUGAGUGGUUUGUAAGAUAUUUUCUACUAUAAAGUGAACAGUAUAUUGAAAAAGAAUAAACCAUUUUUAUUUAAA